AUGAUCGAAGAGUACAACGGAUCGACCGAUCCAGACGACCAUUUGGGCAAGUUCGACAACGCAGCUACACUUCACCAAUACACAAAUGGGGUGAAGUGUCGGGUCUUCCUCACCACACCCUCCGCCUCGGUGCAGUGCUGGUUCAGAAGGCUGCCAGGCAGAUCAAUACGAAGCUUCAAGGAUUUUCGAAUGGCCUUCCUGCACCACUUCGCGAGCAGUAGGCGCUACCAAAAAAUGAGCGUCAGUUUAUUUUCUUUGAAGCAAGGACCGAGAGAAGCUCUCCGGCCAUAUAUCCAACGAUUUAACCAGGUAGCUACGGAUAUCCCUUCAGUCUCAUCUAAGACCAUGAUGAAUGUCUUCACUGAGGGGCUCGUCGAGGGAGACUUCUUCUGGUCGCUCAUUAGGAAGUCGCCCCGCAACUACGACCACAUGCUUAAGAAGACUAAUGAGUAUAUAAAUGUGGAGGAGGCCUAG